UCAUCGUCGCUAAGCAGGAAGAAAGAGAGACAGACACCUUCUCUAUAAAACCAAAACAAUCUUGUUUUCUUCCGCCCUAAUACGAUCGAUCAAGAAAACUAUAAAGCUCAAUGUUACCCUCGUCGUUUCACCGAUUCAGUUCGCUUCAUAUCACAAAACCCUAUCUUCGCAAUCGAGAUUUCUAUCCACACGCAGAAUAAACCUAGACCUAUUGUUGUUGUUGUUGUUGUUGUUAAAGAUUUGUAAAUUCUUGUCAAAUUGCUUUUCUUGUUGCUUUUGUGAAAAUGGGUCAUUGUAAGCUGCCUUGUUGAUGAGACCCUUUAUCAUUUGGAUCUUGUUAUUUUAGCUGGAUCGUGUUGUGGAACUGAUAAACCUCAUACUGGAGAUACUGGGUUUACGUUUUUUGUGUCCAAUAUCCUAUUAUUGAUUGAACUUCAAUUCAAGAUGUACUGAUUCUUAGUUGUUUUCCUUUGGGAGAAACAACUAUAGGAAGAACUCUAUUCAUAUUCGUCCUGCCAGUUGUAGAUUCCUAUUCAUCCUUUGGGUUCAUGCAUGAAGUGAAAGUGAACUCUUACAACAUCCUUGGUUUUUAGUUGGGGCUUUGCUUGUUCUGUGAAUCAGUACACCACAUGCUUGGUUUUGACAAAGAUUAGCUAAUUUAUGUGGGAAGACAUUAUGGAAUAACACGGAUAUAGGGUUCUAGAGAUUGUCUUCUUUACAAUUUCAUUACUGUUCAGAGGUGUACAUCAUAGUUUGGGAGUGUUCAGUUCUUGUUGCUUGGAAAUUACAAAAUGAGCAUGAAAGAUGAAAUUGGAUACUCUCCUGUCGAGGCCGCUGAAUCAUCUCAAGAACCUAACAAGUGCAGGCAAUCAAAGAUUGCAUAUACUCGAGACUUUCUGUUAUCGCUGAGUGAAUUAGAUGUUUGCAAAGAGUUGCCUAGUGGAUUUGAUCCGUCAAAAUUGAGUGAAUUUGGAGAUAUCAAUUAUGGAUUAUUUCAAGACAAACAGAGGAAUCAUGGAAAUUUUCCUUUACAAAGUCUUCAGCGUAACGAGUAUGGUUCGUCACCACCUGCUAGAGGGGAUUCAAAUAACUAUACUAAGGGAAUCUAUGGAAAGAGGGACAAUCAUUCGGGUAGCUGGAAUGACAAAGAUACUCAUUUACAAUCUGAAAGGGAUUCAGAUACUGGGAGGCGUUACGGAAACCUUUCCAGGAAAUCAUGGCAAACUUCUGAGCAUGAUGGGCUACUUGGUAGUGGUUCGUUUUCAAGACCAUCAUCUGGUCAUACAGCUGGGUUAUCAGACUCAAAGGUUCCACCAAAUGAUCACUAUCAGUUGAAUAGGAGCACCGAGCCAUACCAUCCACCUCGACCUUACAAGGCGGUGCCCCAUGUGAGGAGGGAGACUAAGGACUCUCGCAAUGACGAGACAUUUGGUUCAUCUGAGAGUGCAGGUGAGGAUAAGAUGGAAGAGGAGAGAAGAAGGAGAGCAUCAUUUGAACUGAUGAGGAAGGAGCAACACAAAUCACUUCAAGAGAAGCAGAACCAAAAUGCAGAGAAGCGUAAAGAUGGUCAAGUCUCAGACAUCUCUGAGUUUCUGGACGAUACUAGUAGAGAUCUGAGACCUUUUGGUAGACGCGAAGUUGAUGAGACAGUGAUACCACCUGCUUCAACCGAUUCUAGCAAAUCAUCUUUACUGCCUCAAAUUUCGAGACCCCGCGUGCCCCCUGGUUUUAAGAAUACAGUUCCAGAGAAGGAUUCUUGCACCUCAUUAGAGGUUGGAAUAUCCAAAGUUGAGGAAAGUUUUUCUCAUGGUGAAACUAUUGGAAAGAAUGGUAUUCUGGACAAUCGAGAAGUGAGGCCAAACACAAAUAAAACUUUUGGAAACAAGCAAGCUGAGAAAGCAAGUGCGGGUAUACCAUUAUUUAACGAUGAUAAACUGACUUUUCUAUCGUCAGCUGAUACGAUACUUUCAAGUAUAGUAGAUGCUUCUGAGACCACAAUGAAAAUGGAAGAUCACAAUGCAAGUAAUGGGAUGAAGCAGCAUAAUACAUCUAUCCUGGGAAAGAUGGUAGACAGCGUUUUAUUGCUGAAUGUUAAUGGAUCAUCUGAUGCAAACGAGCUUCCUGUUGGUGAACAUUAUGAUGUUAAGGGGUCUGAUGCUGUUCAAUCCUCCAAGUUUGCACAUUGGUUUCUUGAAGAUGAAAAGAAGACAAGUGAUACUUCAUUUGGAAGAGCAAACAACUUACUUUCACUAAUUGGCAUCAGUGAUAAUCAUGCAUCCCAAGUCACUGAUGUGGAAGCAACCAAACAAAAUAUGAAAGAGUUUUCCUUCAUGGCUUCUGAAACAAUGACUGGUGAUGGUUCUUCCUCAAUUGGGUUAUCUGAACAGUCAUACAGUUUGUCCAACCAAGGCAAUGCUCCUAAAGUAUUGACAUGUGAAGAUCUUGAACAAACGAUCCUCUCCGAAUAUGGUGAAAGUUCUUUGACCCAGAAUACCAAUCUCCAGAGCUGGAGUCCUUUAGCAUCCAGUACGCAGCCGACGAAAGCAGAUAUUGAUAGCCGUGCAUCUCAACAUCUUUUGAAUUUAUUACAAAAUGGAAAAGACAUUCAAGACGUGGAGCAAAGUUGUAGGCUGUUCAAUGGGAAACAUGUUUCUGAACAUGCAAAUGGUGGCAACAUAAAAGUGGAUGUGGCGGAGAAUAAUUCUUUUCCCGGGAAGAGUCUAACUCUUGAAACACUUUUUGGUAGUGCUUUUAUGAAGGAGUUGCAAUCUGUGGAUGCACCUGUUUCUACACAGAGGGGUUCAGUAGGCUCUAGAAGAAUUGAUGAAAAUGAUGCAUUGGGCUUAAAUCAAAAUCAACAAACUAAGUUGGAUAGAACAGGGAAAUGGGUAGUUGGUGAUACUCAAAUUGAUGUUGGCCCUUCGAAACAGCUGGAUGGUUAUAAUGAUUUGGUUGAUGUUCAGUUGCCUGAAGGUGACCUGGUCCCCAAUUCCUUAUUUUCCUUUUCUGGUAAGCCAAUAACUAAAAGAGAUUCUCAGCCCAUGAACAUAACAGUUUCUACAGGCCUUGAAGGUUCUUCAUUUGUUCGUGGUCCUUAUAACUUGGUUGAACCAGAGAUCCCAUAUCAUAACUUUCAAUCCCAGACCUCAUCUCCUCCAGUUUAUUCUCAUAUAAAUCAGGCGAGGUCAUUUCCUAAUCCACAUGAUGUUCAGGCCAGGCAAUUCAAUGGAAGUAUGCAUCAUCUUUUGCCUUCCCAUCAUUCCACUGCAAGACCUAGAGGAGGUUAUGAUCUUCCCAUUCAUCCAAUGUUACAGCAAAUGCAAAUGUCAGCCAACGUUCCUCCAUCUCACAUGGUACGUGAAAUUCAAAGGGGCCCUCCUCUACUGCCUCCUCUGCAGGAAUUGAAUGCAAUGCAGGGAGUUCCUUUUCUACACCGGCCACCCAAUUUUGCUGGACAUGGAAUGCCCAUGAUGAGUGCAGAUGGAAACAUUGGGAAUAAUUAUCCAGAAGCUAUCCAACGGUUGAUAGAGAUGGAGGUCAGGGCAAAUGCUGCGAAACAACGGGCACAUCACAAUAGCCAGGGUAUGUUUGGCCAUGACCAAUUAGAUGUGGGUUUUCGCUAUAGGUAGUAGUAGGUAGAUAUCCAGAUCGACGACUUCUGUAAUCGAUGUCGAGAAGACCAUGUACAAAGAAGUCUAUUUUCUCUUUUCAUUUUGAAAGAAAAAAAAAGAUGGUUAAAAAAGUGACCAGAAAUGGUUCAAUUAUGGGAUUCUCUAUGGGCAUGUUGGUUGAUUGUUUUGCACUUUGUUUUUGGUGAAGUUCUCAGUUCAUCUUUGUGUGGAGAUUUUGGACAUUUUCUGUCAAAUAAUCCUUGAAUGCAUAAAAAACUUCUGCCAGAUAUUUUAUUUGGA